AUGCAAUCAUCAGCAGCUUCAAUCGGUAACAUUGGCAAUAACAUACCCGAUUUGAUGACAGCAGCACAACAAGUUGGUUAUGGUGAUGCAAAAGAUGCAUUACAAUUGAAAUCAGAUGUAACCGUACCAAAAGAAUUAAAAGCAUCGCAAGUAUUGGUAAGAAAUCAUGCUGUAUCAAUCAAUGCUAUUGAUUGGAAAUUAUUAAAUGGCAAUAUGUCAAUUAUUAAGACAUAUGCAUUUCCACAUAUACCAGGCAUGGAUUGUUCGGGUAUAGUUGUUAAUGUCGGUUCGUCUGUAGGACGCUUAAAAGUCGGUGAUGCUGUCUAUGGUAACAUGGGCUAUGGAAAUGCCUUUGCUGAAUACGUCCGUGCUGAUGAAUCAUUAUUCGCAUUGAAACCAGUAAAUCUAUCGUUUGCAGAAGCAGCAGCUGUUCCAUUAGCUGGUGAAACAGCUUAUGAAGCACUUUUUCAACAAAGAGAAAUUACACGAGAUUCAAAAGUGUUUAUUUGUGGUGGUCCAACAGGAGUGGGAUUAUUUGGGAUACAAUUGGCAAAAGCAGUGGGAGCACAUGUUGCAUGUACUAGUUCAUUGAGAAACAUGGAUACAAUUAAGAAGUUAGGUUACAAUGUAACCGAAAAUAUAAGCGAAGUAAUGAAGCCUAAUAAUGAUGAUCUCUUAGUAAUCGAUUAUACAAAAUACAACUUUGGGGAAAUACUUCAUCAUCAAAAUUAUGAUGUUGUCUUUGAUUGUGUUGGAGGACAAGAACAGUGGGAAUCAGCACAACAAAUAUUAAAACCAGGUGGUCGUUUCAUUACAAUUGUUGGUGAUGAUCCACAUUCGAAUUUAACAGUGAAAAACAUUGUUACGAUGGGUGCUGGUGUUAUUAAUCGUAAAUUUUGGUCUUUGGUCGGACAAGAACCAUCCUAUAUAUUUCAUAUAUUGAAACAUGAUUAUCGUCAUUUAGAUGACAUGAGAGUGAAUUAUAUUGAAACAGGAAAAAUGAAACCUAUAAUUGAUCAUGUCUACGACUUUUAUAAUGUAAAAGAAUUGCAUGAAAUGUACGAUCGAUCAAAAUCAGGAAAAGCACAAGGAAAAAUGGUCGCACAAAUUAUUAAAGAUUAG